AUGUUUGGGACUUCAUCGGGCACCAGUGUGGUGGUGGACAUCGCGGUGAUGGGUGAGGCCCAUGGUUUGAUCUCAGACCUGCUGGCAGACCCCUCAUUGCCCCCUAACACCUGCAGCUCUCUGAAGGCUGUCAGCAAUCUCCUCAGCACCCAGAUCAACCUCCAGCCACUCCACCGACCUCGCAUCCCUGCAGACACCCACACCUGCUCCGACUCUGAAGAUGGGCCCGAAAAAACAGAGAGACUUGCCAUUCCAAAGCGCCUCAGGCGGAGUCUGCCCCCAGGAUUGCUGAGGAGAAUUUCAUCUACUUGGACCACAACCACGUCAGCUACGGGGCUGCCUACCAUCGAGCCAGGCCCUGUACGCAGAGACCGGUCAGCCAGCAUUAAACACACUACAGACAGUGAAUUUUGGAACAACUCAGUGAUGAUGACCAUCUCAAAGAGUCGCUCCAUGUCUGCCUCCUGUGCUGCCUCUGUCACAUCCAACCAUCUGUACAGCAAACCACUGGGAAGACCAGGUUUUCCUCCCUCCAACAUAUCACCUCUGGGCUCUCCAUGCUCAUCUCCUCCCGUCCAGGGCACUCCUGCCUCCAGCCCUACAAUAAAAACAUGUUCAGUGCAGCUUCCUGAGCCGAUUGGGCCACUAACAGAGCGGGUACCUGGAUCUGUGGUCCCCAAGAGCCACCACAGAGCCUUAACUCACAGCCAGAGUGCCCCGAGCUCCACCACCACUCACUGGCAGCCCCCAUCACUCUGCGGCAGCUGUGGCAGGCCGUUCAGCAAUCGACUAAACAACAGGGUAGAAUCUGUGGACAAAGACAGAAUACCCCACCCAGAUGAACGUGCAGUGGCAUCAUCAGACUAUGAUAGUACCUACGACAGCACCUAUGAGACCAACCACAGUGACAGCAGCGACUUUGCACAGAAUGAAGAGGAGGGGGAGGGAGGCAAGAAGCCUCCUGAAGCAAGGGAAGGUUGCCGGGAGUAUCCAAAUGAGGGCAUUGUUCUUCAUCCACUCCUGCUCUCUUCAGAGGACAAGCCAAACUUGGCCCCAGAGACUCUGUUAAUGCCAGGGCUGGAGCCUCUAAUGAGUCAACUUAACAACUGGAAUUUUCCCAUUUUUAGUCUUGUGGAGAAGACUCAUGGCAAGACAGGCUGCAUCCUCAGCCAGGUUUCUUAUAAGCUCUUUGAGGACACGGGUCUGUUUGAGACCUUCAGGAUUCCUGUACAAGAGUUCAUGAACUACUUCCAUGCUUUGGAAAAUGGAUACAGGGACAUCCCUUAUCACAACCGGAUCCAUGCCACAGACGUCCUGCAUGCUGUCUGGUACCUCACCACUCAGCCUGUGCCAGGGCUGCCCAUCCUGCUGACUGAGAACGGAGUACACACUGACUCACAAAAUGGCAUUACACCUGGUGCCACAGGAUUCCUGGUGUCCAGGAUGAACCCUGCACUGGAGGACGGCUAUGGCUCUCUGGCUGGUCUUAUCCCUGCCCUGGAGCUCAUGGCCCUUUAUGUAGCUGCUGCCAUGCAUGACUAUGAUCACCCUGGAAGAACCAAUGCCUUUCUAGUGGCUACCAGUGCACCACAGGCUCUUCUCUACAACGACAGAUCAGUCUUGGAAAACCAUCAUGCGGCUGCGGCUUGGAACCUCUUUAUGUCUCGAUCUGAAUAUAACUUCCUGGUUAACCUUGAACACGUGGAGUUCAAGCGCUUCCGCUUCCUAGUCAUUGAAGCUAUCCUGGCCACUGACCUCAAAAAGCACUUUGACUUCCUUCGCAGAGUUUAUGCAAGGUAAUCAAAUGUUGUCUGUAUUGAUUACAAUGAGAAUGAUCGACUGCUGGUGUGCCAGAUGUGCAUCAAGCUGGCUGAUGUCAACGGACCACUGAAGUGUAAAGAGCUGCACCUACAAUGGACGGAAGGGAUCGUCAAUGAGUUCUAUGAACAAGGUGAUGAAGAAGCAAGCCUGGGCCUUCCCAUCAGCCCAUUCAUGGAUAGGUCUGCUCCGCAGCUGGCCAAACUACAGGAAUCAUUCAUUACUCACAUAGUGGGACCACUUUGCUCCUCUUACGACUCAGCUGCUCUUAUGCCGGGACACUGGGUUGACAAAUCUGAGGGAGAGCGGGAAGGACAAGAUACAGAAGAAGAGGAGGAGGAGGAGGAGGAUUUGGCAGAAGAGGAUGCAUCGACAAGCUCUGACAUUUCCCAGCGGCAAGAAGCCAAAAAGGCGAGCAGGAGGAAAGUGUUUUGCCAGAUCACGCAGCAUCUUUUGGAAAACCAUGAAAUGUGGAAAAGAGUGCUUGCUGCAGAAGCCCAGGCGGAGGCUCAGGAAGAGAAUCCAAACUGUAUUGGUAACCCCACUGAUCCAAUAACAGCCAUUCAUGAGGAAGAGGAGGAGCAAGUGAGCAAAGAGGAGGAGUCCACUGAUGGCCUUAAUGAAAGGGAAGAGGUGCCAGCUAUAGAGGAAGAGGAAAUCGUUCCACAAUCAGACACUUCAGGAGAAAAAGAGGAAGAACCUUAGUGAAAUUAUGAACUCUGACCUCCUCUUAAACCAGGAAUCUGAACGUUGUCUAAAACAUUUUUUUCUUUCCUAAAUAAACUCUUUAUAUGGUAGCCAGCACAUCACUUUGACACAACACUGUAGAGGAUGUCUUGGGUAAAAUGUGCCUAACAAAAACAGGGUUGAGGACAGGGAUAACACAUACCCAGUGCAUCUGACAAGGAAAGAGAUGUGAGAUGAGCAAAAGAUGACGUGACAAAGGGGGAAAAAAGAGAAAACUGAAAGUGAAAAAUGAAGAUGGACUGUAUUUGUUUGUUUUGCUCUUUGUUUUAGUUUGGAUUUGGCACUAUACCCUCACCCAGACUGCUCAUCUUGCACUAUGGGCCAACCACGCUGAUUCACAUAUUCACUCCACCAGUGAGUAAUACACUGUCACAAUGCCACCCCCUCCCACACUCCUCUCUUUAGUUCCCAUGCUAUCAGCACACUUUGGAGCCACGCAGCUGCUCGAGGAUGUGCAACAGGCCCCUUUUCCGUGAAUACAAUGGGAUUAAAGCUAGGGGGAAAAGCCGUGUCCACUGAGGCUCUGCCACGUGAAUUUCAGAAGGAGAUUGAAAAAAAGAGCCAGUGGUCACGCAUUGUACACACAUACACACACACACAGUGCUAUAGCAGAAACACACUCCAUGCUCAGAACAGAUAGGAAGUUUAACAAAGAACUCUUACACAAAAAGCUUUAUUCUCAUUCAAGGAAAAACAUACAAAACAAUGUUUUGUUCUUGUCAAACAAUGUUUGUCAGUAAUCGUUUCUCCCUUUCUUCUGUUAAUCAGUUCAACGCACCUACACGUUUCCAGGCUGCAUAACUCAGGAAGGCAGAGACCCGUAGAGAUACAGAAACAAAAAGGACCUCUGCUGUCCUUAUCCUUUUAAUUGUCUCUGCUUCUGCCUUGUUGUCACUUCAGUGCAUCCCCAGCGAAGUGUGGUUCUCUUUGUACAACACAGAAGGAUAAUGAAUAAUACUAUAAAUCACAUUACAACUAACUCACAAAAAAAGAAACCAGUAGCAACGUGUUUUCUUAUUGCAGGCAAAUAUAAUCUGUGCCCACUUUCAUGCCACCUCUCAACUUGUUUUUAGGAGAUUCAUUAGAGACAAGAAAUAUUGUUUCUCUCCAAUCUAUUUUAUGGGCUGGUAUGUAGGCCAAAUGUUUCAGAAAGUAAAGUAAUCCACCAUGGUCCAGGCCAGAGCUGAGUCACAGCUCCAAAUCACCCAAGAAGAUUUACGUUAAUAAGACAUUUCAACACUGUGAAGCUUAUUGCCAUGCAGGAGGUGCUGUGCCCCCACAAAAAAACUAUACAUGGAAGCGUAGAACCUAGUCCGUACACACAGGGGUAUUCCUUCACACAGGGUUUAUUCUUUGUCGUGCUAAAUAAAUACAUCCUCUCCAAACAAGCACUGUUAAAAAGCUUCAGUCUGCAUGAAUGCAAAAGCAGUUAAAAGUCCUGACGUAUAAUGUGCCAAGCCAAAAAGCAGUGAUGUACACCUAACCCUAAAACCAUUUUGGGCCAAUUAGAAGUCCUUUUAGCAAGAGCAGUACCAGCACCAUUUUAAUAACAUCUGCCAUUGCACAAAAUUGCCUCAUUUAAACAAAUGAUAGCAUGCACUUUGACCUCUCAAGCCAAAAAGCCUGUGUUCUCUGUGCUACACAUAGGAGUCUAUAAAUAUUGUACCCUGAAGACUAUCUUCCAGAAGGUCAAUUUUGUAGUGACCUUUAAUGAGACAUAGAAAAAAACUGUAGAAAAGGUUUAAAGACAUACUUGUACAUGUGAAGAAACCAAACAUCACUGUAAAGUCUUUUCAUUAUUUCCAUAAUAAGCCAAAGAAAGUUAAGUGGAAACAAUAACCCCCUUAUGUUACCAAAUCUAGCUUAAAAAUAACCCCAGCUACAUAAAUAAAUACAUAGCAGUGAAUAUGUAAUGUUUAAUAUGAAUUUACUAAAUACUGUAGUUUUCCUCCUUUUUUAAAAUCAAAGUAUUUUGUAAGUGUAAUCGAUCCUUAAUGAUAGCAAAUAGAAGAUGCAGAAAGGGUAAAAACAUUUCACACAAUACAGAUAAAGAGAUUUGCUAUAGCUUAAGCAGAAGAUUGAAAUAAGUUCUGAUCAGAGGCCUGCAGAUUCAUAUGAAUGGCUGAGUAUGUCCAAACUCUUGACUGGUACGUAUGUGACUGAAAAAGGUUUAGCUGGUUGUGUUUGCGCUCUUCUUUGAUGUCCUCAGAGAUUCAGACUGGCAGUAAUGUAGGAAAGUGUGAAAAGGGGGAAUAGCCUCAGUAAUGAGGCUUAUUAAUGAAGGAAGCCUCUCAGUUUUACUUGUAGCUGCUCAUGAGAGGUCAGAGGGGUCUCAGAUCUUUGUCACAAUUCAGCAGAUUCUUCCUGGUAUAAGUCUUUGAAGAUGAGCCAGUUUGGUUGGAUUCAGAAUCAUGUGAUGAUCCAAUUCUCCAAACCGUAUUACAGGGAUAUGCAGCACAGUGUAUUUGAGCUGACAUCAGAAAAGCAACAGUGGCUCUUUGUCGAUUCAGAUCUCAAGAAUUUAGGUUACUUAAGUCGCUUCAUGCAGUGGGGUGUAAUGGGCAAUUGUUUUUCUUUUAUCAUAUUUGCGAAGUAAACAAGGAUACAUUUAUUUGAGCAGCACUUUUUUGGGAACCUGCCUGACACUUGAGGUUCACUGAAGAGGUGAUGGAGACAUGGGUAGCCAAAGCAGAGUAGGAUGUUGUUAUACUGUAUAAGCUAUAGCACUUCAGCUCAGAGCCAGUUAAGCAUUGCUGACCUGUAACAGUGGAUUUAUAGUUCUGUGCUGUGCUUCUGUCAUAACUGCAAGCCCUUCUUGAACCCUGCGCCUCCCUAGACAUAUAACCACAUGAUGCAAACCAAGCAGGUAUAAAUGGCAGAGACCCGCAGAGAUACAGAAGUGUCGGUCACUUGCAUACCCUGUGCAAUAGGCUUCAGAUAGAUUUAUCACAUAAGUACAAUUCAGGUCAAUUUGAAACUGCAGAUGUCACAAGUGACAGGUGAGAUGCUAACUGGGGAUUGAUAAUUCCACCUGUACCUGAAAUGAUGAGACAUCAAGGUUAAGAAACGGAGAGGAAAACUUUUCAAACAAAAUCAGCAACACUGAAAUCAAACCUCAAAUCAAAAAAAAAAAAAGACUGUGACAGAAAUAUAAAGAGCAGUAUUACAUUUACCGGUAAGUGUACACUUUGUGCAUUCAGAUGUUAUAGACUGGAUCUAUUAAGCAAUUUGUCAAACAGGCUUGUUUGCUUAUUUUUACUGGCUGAACUUGUCCUAUUGUAACGAAGUUUCUUAACUCAAUUAGUUUUGCUAAUACUCUGGUAAUACUGUGUAAAUAUGCAGCUGUAUCCAUUGCACUGUUAUCAAAAUGCCCAUUGUGCAAAGGAGGACUAAAUGGUGCAGCAUAAGUCUCUUGACUGAUUAUUCCCUGUGCUUACAAAUGGAUGCAGUAGCUCAGCUUGUUUUUAAUACUAUGAAAAAAAAAGAAGGCUGCACUAACUAAAGCCUGGGCUUAUUGUUCACGUUUCAGUUCAAGCUCAAAGCUCUUUGGUGUUUAAAGUCUUUUAUUUACAGUAGCUGUUACUAAAACUCAAAGAAGGAAGAACUUAAUUGGGUUUUGAGUCACAAACUAUGGCGCAAAAUACACAAAUCAAAGCACAGCCACCUUCAGCAUUGGUGUAAAUCACACAGGAAUCCCUGGCCAAAAAAUAAAAAUAAAAUGUUGCUUGGCAAUUAAAAGAAAAAGAAAAAGUACUUGGUAGCAAAUGCUGCAGCACUAGCUGCAUUUGCAUAUCUGUAGCAUGUCAGGCAGCAUUCUCUUGGCUUUAUGUGUCACUUCCUGGACCAGUCGUCUUCCACUAGCCUCUCUUUGCAUUGGCUUGUCCUGAUAGGUUUUUACAUAUAGCAGGUAAAAAAUGACCUGUAGACACCAGCUGAUACACAACGGAGCAACACAACUGUAGGUCAAAGCAUCUUUUAGGUGAGCAAGCUUUCAAACUUGAGUUUUAAAAAAACAUCUACCCACCUCACUACAACAAAAUACUGCAAGCCUCCUGUCUGAUAAACAGCAGUAACUUGAGUACAUGCAAAUGAGCUUGAGCUCCAUGCACUGUAAAUACCUGAUACACUAUACAGUAUAUCAGUACCUCACAUGUAAUCUAAUGUGAAUUAUAUUACAUUGGAUAUUUCAUGUUUCACACCUGUACGAUCCCAUUCUCCACCUCUAUGUUUGGAGAACUGCAGACUCUUUCACAUUUCUUUAUUUUGUUUUCACUUGAAUUUUGUGUGAUAUCAGAAAUGUAAAGCUUAACAGGUCAGUCAGAAGAGAAUUUCCCUCUGAUCUCCCCCAUCUUGCCCCUCCGUGUACACUUCAAAGAGACUUAAAUCAAAGCUGUGAUUUAAUUUGAAGCUAUUUUAUUUUCCUGUUAUUUUUUUAACAAUCCAAAACACUGCAGCGUGUUGCUUUUUAACAUUUUAGGGAGUAAACUGGAGGGGAGCGAUGAACUGGUUUUGAGGUUUUGAGUCUUUAUGCAGUGAAAUUAAAGGGUCACAUAAGUGUUUUCGCAUGUUUUAGCUUUUCACUACAAAUCAUGUAUUCUUAAAUAGUUGCUAACCAUAUUUAAAUGUAGGCUUUAAAAUUUUUGAUAUUUUAGGAGGUUUUUUUCCUGCAUUUACAGCCAUUGGUUUUGUUUAAUAUCUGCACAUUUAAAAAAAAAAUCUGUUAGCACACUCUGGAAAUUUUCUUGAGGUUUAAAAUGUAUUCACGUUUUCUGCUAAUAUUUUAUUAGUGUCAUUUAAGUGAAUUGCUGCAUUAUUUUAACAAAAACUGAAUGAUGACCUAUUGCCAACUGAGACGGAAUCGAUAACAGGAAACCAAAGAAUGCCUGUUUUUUAAAACACGGCUGCACUCUGUGAUUUUAAGUGUACGCCGUGGCUGAUUUGUAGUAAAUAGGCCAACACAUGGAAAACUACUGACAUGCAUGGCCGAAGAAGCUGGAUGAUUUUUGUGACCAAAUCAUUUCUGACUGCUUUGAAUUAGAUGAAAAUUCUCAAUUUACACAAAAAUUUUACAUCAUCAGUCGGCUUUUUGUUCUUGGUCAUCACGGGGGCACCGGCCAGUGAUUUGUACCAGGCAGUCACAUGGCGGUCAUAACUUGUGUUCUAAUAAUAGUAAUUAUUAUUAGAAAUGGGUUAGAAAACAUGAAAAAGUGCAGGGCUUCAAAGUACGCAGUUAUUUCAGUUUAUAAGAGCCAGCAUGAGCCAGUUUCCUUUAAAUGGGGGGAGGGGGGGGGAGGCGCACACACUGGAUGAGCUUGUGCAAACCAAAGAACCUUUUUAAAUAUUGUGUUUUUUUGUGAUUUGCACAAAACAAGCCCUAAAAGGAGCAUGUUUUCCAUCAGUGUUAUUCCAAUACUGGUGAGGAUAUCUGAAUAUGCAUAUAUAUUUUAUUCUGUGAAGAUAAAAGUAACUCAAGAAUUAUUGGUAUCCAUCUAGCAUACCACAGCUCACAGUGAUGUGCACGUUAACUGCCUGUUAAUCUUUCACUGCCAUGUCAACAGACACCAGUAGCAAUGUAACCGGCCAACUGUUCCGUUGUUAGACUGAAGCUCUUUAGUUCAUUUUUUUUUUCUUAUUCAAACCAAAAACAGUUCUUUUUUUUUUUGUAUUGUUUGUUGCUCCUGUGCCAUACCAUUUUCCCAUAUAUGUAUGUAGACAUUGUUUGAAUGUUUUAUUCGUUAGCUUUCCUCAUUUGUCAGAAAGGAAACCAAAACAAACUUCUUUUUUUUUUUUCUCCACAACUUUAAGCAAGCUAAACAAGACUGGUAUGUUUUUAUCUACUAUAGCAGGCACGUCACAGAUUCAGUUCUUUUAUUCUCUUUAGUAUCUUGCACUUAACACAUGUAGCAAUACCAACAGGAUGAAGAAAAUGUGUGAUUCACCAGUAUUUAAGUGAAAUAUGACAUUUUAUUUCAAUAUAUUGGUUGACUUUGUAUAAAAAAUAUAUGCUGUACAGAUUCAAAAGUAUAUAUGACAAAAAAAACUUUUAGAAAAAUAUUUAUUUUUACUGUUUUGGAAUUUAGACACAAUACUGUAGCUCCUCUAUUGCCAGACUUACUGGAAGUGCCUCUUGAUAAUGUAAUACAAAGUAACUAUACAACAUAUUGGGAUUAUUAGAACCUGUCACUAGCAGAGCAGUGUUGUUGUUGUAAUGUGAAUAUUGUUGAAUAAUAAGAUUUAUAAAUGCUUCA